UCCAGACAUGCCGCGGAUAUUUACGUUGCUGAAACAAGAUACUCUUUAUUAUGUUGAAUAUGGAGAUGAUGGCCAGGUACGCGAAUAGCAAAUGAUAAUACGUCGGCGUUGGCUAAGAAAAAAAUCGACAUAUUUUAUGGGGCCAUAUUUCCGGUGUUUUGUAGGGGACAGAAUAUUUUAGAUAUGUUAAUCUAUUUUUAGAUGACACAUUAUGUAAACAACAACACGUGUUUUUUUUCCUCUAUCAAGUAUAAACACGAAAGUCUAUUUUAAUAGAUUACGGUAAUAAUUUGGAUUGUACCCAAUUAAUACUAGUUUUACUUUAAUAUCGAGGUGUUAUACAGUUGACUGUAGAUGGGAAACAAAUUUUGGUUGACAUGUCAAAACAAAUUUAUAUCUUCAACACAUUACCAAUGACUUAUUUAUUCUUCUGCUGGAUUAAAUUCUAAGUUAGUCUUCUGUGGAUGUUGAUUUGUAUGGAUCAGUUUUAUAAUUGUUAACAUCUGCAUGUGCUCUAUUAACAAAGAAGCAAAGAAAAUUGUUAAAAAUUGUACCUGAUUAUUCUAUUAUGAGAGGGUUCAUCCCUUACAUAUUACCCAUGUCAGAGGGGGCACGAAGAACAUUUAAGGUGGAGGAGUUACCAUCCAUCAUGGUGACAUCUGACAGUGGUGCUUCACCGAAUGAUCCACCAGUAGAGAAAUAUAUAGUAGAAGAAGAAAUAACAGUAGGAAUACCCCUGGUACGACCGAGUCCAGCAUUUUUAGAUGUUUUGCGAUUAGCUGGUGCAAAAGUGGAAGUUUUCACUAAAAAAGAGAUUUGUCAGUAUUUAAAAGAUUAUAUUGGUGCCAGAAGAUUAUAUGAUGCGACCAAUCCAAGAAUAGUUUACUGUGAAAAUGAUCCGCUGGAAAAAGUAUUUGGUGUUAAAACAUUUACAAUAAAUGAUGUGUUAGAUUUGAUACAGAAGAAUGUUAGCUGUGUACCGGAUACUUGUAUUAAACGUAUGAGACAAAUGGUCUGUAGAACAAUGACUGUAACCACACCCACCAAUAAAUCUACAGCUAAUACAUGUAAUCAGAUUCCGGUUAUUCCAUCUUCUCAGACAUCUUUUACAAUAGCCACUUGUAAAUCUACACCUAUAAUAACUAGUACAACUAGUACAUUAAUAUCAUCAUCACGUCAUCGAUCACCUAAACAACACUCAUCUAAAACAGAUACAGACGAUAAUUCUUCUAAUAGAAAACGUAAAUAUGGUGCAUCAAGUGACCCUACAGACAAUCAUCAAGUACGUAAGAGAAGAAGAUCACUAAAUGUUACGUAUAGUGAUUCAGAGACAGCAUCCUACCCUUGGUACUUUCAUGUUAAAAUGGGAACAUCAGAAGCUGAUAGUGAAAAACUUAGUGUACAGGAUAAUGCAACAGUAGUUGUAGAAGAUUCAACAGAUGAUAUGUGGUUUGUAGAAGAAGAUACUAUAUCAGUACAGUAUGAUUCAGAUGCUUUCUCUGUAGAAUAUGAUGUACAAUCAACAGAUAGCUAUAUAUCAGACUCAGAUUGUAGUUCUAUAUGUUCAGGAAAGGAUAUAUUUGUUAUGUGCAAUGACAGUGAUGUAGAAUUUUGGGCAGAUUCAAGUGGAACUGAUAUUGAAUCAGACCCAGAAAUUCCAGAUUCUGAUAAAUGGACAUGUGAAGAAUGUGAAGAGAGAAACACACCUCGUCAAGCGUACUGUCGUAGAUGUUGGAAAAUGAGACCUGGCUGGUUUGCCAAGAAGGGAAAGAAAAAAGCCUGCAUGAAAAGAUCAUUGAAGCGAUCGUUUUCGGCACCCAGUGGAAUGUCGUCUUCAGAAAGUAGUGAUAGUUCUCAUCAUCGUUACAAUCCGUCCAGAUUGAACCAUCACUCAUCCUCAAGUUUAUUAUCUUCCGACAAUUCACCACCCGUGUGCAAUAGAUUGUUAUCACACCCCGUGUUAUUAAAUAUAGGCGGCUUAUCAAAAGGCGUUAGUGUUACAAGGGAUGAUUCCGGGAUUAGUCUAGCAUCAAGUUCUGUUCUUCAGUCCAGUCAGGAAAGAGGGUGUUUUAGUCAGGAAAGCAUUUCCUUGUCUCCGAUAGUUAGAAAUACCCUCUCCAACUUUCAGAUAAUGGAAAGUUCAAGUCAGAUUGAAGAGGACUCGUUAGUGAAAAGUAAUAAUAUUGCUGAACCUGAAUCAAACUCGGGUAGUGAGUUAAACAAAUUAACUAACGAUAAAUAUAUCUCAUCUGCUAUUUUAAUUUCUGAUUCUGGUGCUAAAUCGACUUUUGUGGAACCUUCAAAACCUAGUAGAAAUUCUAAAAGUAUUUCCAAGAACAAUGCAGAAAAAACUGUGAGUAAAAACACAGCAGACGUAUGUGUUGUUUGUGUAUCUAGACCUAAAACUGGCAGCAUAAUACAUGGUAGUUCGGGUCAUCAGGUCUGCUGUUUUAAGUGUGCUAAACAACUUAAAAGAAGGAAAAAGCCGUGCCCUGUGUGUCGUCGACCCAUUCAAAAGGUUGUGAGAAACUAUUUGUUGUGAAUUUUAAAUUAUUUAACGUCCGCUUCCUGUAAUCAAAUGUUACAAUCACAUCAGUGAUUUAAUCAUUGUAUACAUGUGGGCCCUCAUUCACGAAAAUUUAAACUAAAAUAUAAGUAUUUGGGUUUUUGAUUGACUGAAAAAUUCAAUUAUUAGUAAAACCUGCAUUUUCCAAAUAUUUUCAUUUAAGUUUUUGUGAAUAAGACCCCGGUUAUUUAAUUUUCAAUAUUUAUUUUAUUUUUAUUUUUAAUGUCAUAUUUCAUUACAUAUAUGUAUCAAAUAUGUUUAUUGUAUACAUACAUGGAACUAUUGUUAUUCCUGCCAUUUAUUUAAAGUAAACUGCUUACAUCACAUUUAUCAUGUCCAAAGUUAGUUGAGCAUAAUUAAGUCAUCUAUUUUUAUCUCAUAGUUUUGAUAUUUCUAAGAUCAGGAAAAUUAUAAUUGCAUAGUAAGCCCAGAACAUAGUUAUAUAAAUUUAGUUGUCGUGUUUCACAGUGAAAAGGCUUUUUCACUGGUUUGACUAUUAGUGACAAUUUACGAUGAAGUAAAAACAUAGUGUCAAAUAAUACAUACAAAUAUAGCUUUUUCCAAUGUAAUUCCUGAUGACUGGGGUUUUUUUGUAAAAAUUUGUCAGAUAAUUUAACAAAAUUUCAAUUCAUUUUGACAUUUCAUACUGAUUAUGUUACCAAUUAAACUUCAAAUGAAACAAAAUUUUGAUUAUGAGCUGUGAAAUGAUGUAUUAUUCGUAUAUGGACUUCUUUUAUUUCUACAAAGAUUGUUAAAUUAAUUGUGAAUUAGAAAUGAAAUCUGAUAUUAUGGUCUUUCAAUGUAAUAAAUUAAAAUAUUUAAACGGAACAUUGUAUGGUCUUUCAAUGCAAUA